UAUAAAUUCUGAUUGAAUGUCGUAUUCCAGAUUAGUUGCGUUCCAGUAGCGUUUGCGCGAAUAACGAGUUGAAAUCAAAUAAAAGUGAAAUUUUUAUUUCGAAAAUAAAAACUGAAAUUUAAACAUUCCUUAAUAUUUUAAAUUCAAUUUUGUUUAAACAACUAGUGAAAAAUGUCGAAUAGAAUUUUGGAAGAUUCACCCAAUGCUCACAUUAACAAAACGAUUUUAGAUCGUUAUUUAAGUUUGCCUUUGAAAGAGAACAUCGUCCAGGCAACCUAUAUUUGGAUAGAUGGUACUGGCGAAGAUUUACGUUGCAAGGAUCGUACCUUGGAUUUUAUACCAUCGAAACCGAGUGAUCUACCCAUUUGGAAUUAUGAUGGCAGUUCUUGUUAUCAGGCUAAAGGAUCAAACUCCGAUACCUAUUUACAUCCCGUAGCCAUUUAUCGGGAUCCCUUCCGUCGUGGCAACAAUAUUUUGGUAAUGUGUGAUACCUAUAAGUUUGAUGGCACACCCACCGAUACAAAUCAUCGCAAAACUUGUCUAGAAGUGGCCAACAAAUGUUUGGACGAAGAGCCCUGGUUUGGUAUUGAGCAAGAGUAUACAUUCCUUGAUUUUGAUGGUCAUCCAUUGGGUUGGCCCAAAAAUGGUUUCCCUGGACCCCAGGGACCCUACUACUGCGGUGUGGGUGCUAAUAAGGUUUAUGCCCGAGAUGUGGUCGAUGCUCAUUAUAGAGCUUGUUUAUAUGCUGGCAUUAAAAUCUCUGGCACCAAUGCUGAGGUUAUGCCCGCUCAAUGGGAAUAUCAGGUGGGACCCUGUCUUGGCAUUUCGGUAGGUGAUGAAUUAUGGAUGUCUAGAUUUUUGUUACAUCGCAUAGCUGAAGAAUUUGGCAUUGUAGCAACUUUAGAUCCCAAACCCGUGCCUGGUGACUGGAAUGGUGCUGGUGCCCACACCAACAUCUCCACCAAGACCAUGCGUGAAGAUGGUGGCAUUAAGGAAAUCGAAAAGGCUGUCGCCAAAAUGUCUAAACAUCAUGAUCGUCACAUUCGUGCCUACGAUCCCAAACAGGGUCAAGAUAAUGCUCGUCGUUUGACUGGCCAUCACGAGACCAGUUCCAUCAACGAUUUUAGUGCUGGUGUAGCCAAUCGUGGCUGUUCCAUUCGUAUACCUCGCGGCGUCAACGAUGAGGGCAAAGGUUACUUUGAAGAUCGUCGUCCCAGCUCUAACUGUGAUCCCUACUCAGUUGUUGAGGCUAUUUUGCGCACAAUUUGUUUAAACGAAUAAGCAGCAGCGACCGCAAGUGAAUAGUAAAAUUUGUUGUAUUUGACCCAAAAAAAAUGUCUGUCUCUAAACGAUAAGAUUUGUUACUAAACGAUUUUAUGUUAAUCCAAGAAUAUGUUAAUUUAUUUUGUUAAAACUUGUCAUAGUAUUCAGUUUUUUGUUAUUUUAAAAACAUUUAUUUUGUAUUCAUUCUUAAACUCAGUCUCAUGUUUGAAUUUUUAGUUUUAAUUUUAUUUAAUUUUUUUUUUUAAUAAUAAUAAAAGACAAUUUCUUUAAUGACAUUAUUUAAUCAUAGCUCAGUUAUUAUAUCUAUAAUUAUAUACAUAUUACAAUAAAAUAAAACAAACUAUAUAUGAACAAAAGAAUAUUAAUAAA